GCGUGUGUGUGUGUGUGGCAUAGUGGGCAAGGGGAGGAGAAGGGUUGCUAUGGCAAUGUUAACACAUGAGUGGCAAGACCGACCGGACUCCCAGUGGACGGGGCUACAGUUAUGGAGGUUCCCCGGGAGCGUUUCAAGUUGGACGAGGCUCCCCCGGCCGCCGAAGGCAUGAAGCAACUCUGUGGCUGAUCCAUGACACCAAACUCCACUCGCCCUCCGCUCUCAUCCGACCGGACAAUCAAUCACUCGCGUUCCCAUCUCGGCAAAGCGACGCAAUGGCCAGCAAGAGGAAAUCCACCGUGCCCUGCAUGAUACCAUCCAAAUCCAAACAUGCGCGCGAGGAAAUUAUCCUGGGCUCGCUGCCAGAACUCCUGCCCACGAUCCCGGAAGACGGCAUACUCAGCAUCUCGGGAGAAGAGUCGGGCCGGGCCUCUCGCAACUCCUCCCAAUACGAGGGCGGCAGCGAGGUGCAGAAAGGAGGCGCGUACGCUUGCCCGCCGUGCUCUUUCGAGUCCCGUGAUUUAAACUACUUUUUGGACCACAUGCACAACUGCCACUCGGACUUCCGGGCCCAGCCGACUUUCUACUGCCUGAACUGCGGCGUCUCGGUGGUUCGCUUCGAGGCGCUGGCCCUGCACAACGCCAACGCUCACGUCAAGAUCACGGAGGGCUCGAUGACCGCCUCCCUGAGCGUCGGCAAGCGGGACGGCGUCACGACGGUGGAGCAAAGCCUCUUCGCCGACAACGGGGACCGCGGCCGGGAGUCCGGAAUCUCCCUGAGCAAGACCCCCAUUGCCAAGAUGAUGAGAGCCAAGGGAGAGCACAAAAAGAUUGUGGUGUCCCACACCGUGGAGCUAUUGAAGAAAGACGGCGGGAAAGCGGCCGACCCCGGCCCGCUGACGAAUGUGCCUGAGCUCCAGAACGGGGCCCUCGGCGUUUCCGGCGCCCAAGCUAUGCCGAGGACGGCCGUGAGUCACGUGGCGCCCGCGGCGCCCGCGACGGCGUCCAACCAAGUCUUUCACCAGCAGCACACUCCCUCCCUGUACUCCCCGCCUCCUUCGUCCGAGUCCAGCAAAGACCUUCCCAAGGUGAUGAUCCCUCUUAGCAGCAUCCCCACCUACGAUGCCGCCAUGGACACCAGCAGCUUUCUCAAGACAUCCUUUGGCAAGUUCCCCUACCCGACCAAAGCCGAGCUCUGCUACCUGACGGUGGUGUCGGAGUUCCCCGAAGAGCAGAUCAAACUGUGGUUUACCGCCCAAAGACUCAAGCAGGGCAUAAGCUGGUCCCCCGAGGAAAUAGAAGAAGCCAGGAGGAAGAUGUUCAACACCGUGUUCCAAGGCGGAGCGCCCCAAAAGCAACCUGCCGCGCAGCGUCACGUCAAUCACAUUGUGACUCACCGCACCGUGACGGCUUCCAGAGGAGCAAACUUCCCCACGGCCGACGUCCCCUACGGCGGCGUGAGAACCAGGCCCGGCGGGGUCGUUCCCAAGCAGGCCGCCGUGUCGACGAGUCCCCACGUGACGAGGGUCUCGUACUCCGCUCCGCUUUUCGCUCAGAAGCUUCCGUCUCUCGUCAGAACGGCGCCCAUGGCGAGCAAGAAUAUUCAAGCCGCCGCCGAGCCGGAGAAGAGCAGCAACGGCCUCGGAGCGGACGCGGCGGCCGCAUGCGGCGGCGGCGGCGAGAACGUUGCCCGGAGAAACGGGAAUAACGGCGGCCCCGCCGACGGCCUCCCCGGCUUUGCCGCCUGCGCUCCGAAUAUUAGCAAUAACGAUGUGCACUAUCCCGCGACCCCCGCCGACAAGACGCGCACCGGUUCGCCGACCGCGGCGGAAGCUUUCAGCGGUCGCGGCGCCAUAGAAAACACCAGCGACGCAAAUCAGAACAAUCACGACCGCGCCGCGCUCAGUCCUCAAGAUCAGGCCGACACGUCGAGGAAGGACGAGCGGCGCGGCGUUCAGGGCGACGACGGCGGCGGUCUUACCAAUGAACACGCUGCUCCCCAGCCGAACCACGCCGGCCCUUCCCCGACUCAAAGCGCCACCGUCAUCACAACAAGCGGCUCGUCCGGCACGGACGAGAGCAAACGCAGCAAGGAGUUGAGCAUAAAAACCAUGUCCAUCUUGCAACAACUCAUCAAGGACGACGACCUUUUUCCCGGAGACGGGAAGGGCGCCGAGCAGAAAAUGGAACCCAUCAAGGUCAACUUCAAGCGUCUGAAAGUGAACGAAAGCGAGAGCGCAGCGGAGAUUGCGCAUCCGGACCCCAAGUCGGAGCUCGCCGAAGGGUCCUUCCCGGCCCUGUGGGCCAACAAGAACGCCCAGCAGCUGCGCAUCCUGCGCCGGGCCUUCUCUAGCGCCCGCUGGCCCAACAGUCAGCAGUACGAGGAGUUAAGCGUCCAGACGGGCCUGCCCAAGUCCGAGGUGGUACGCUGGUUCAGCGACAGCCGCUACAGCCACAAGAACGGACAGCUCAAGUGGCUGGAGAGCUAUCUGCGGCCGGCUGCGGACGCAGAGGAAGCCGGCGGCGGGGCAGACGUCGAAGCCAAAUUGCGGAAGGAGCCGCCGCCGCUGGGCCAAAAGAAACAGGUCCAGCGGGACGGCAACAAAGGCCUCCUGGGAGAAGGGCGAAUAAACACUGACCGCCAGCGGCUUCAGUGGCAGGACUUCAACUCACCGCUGCACGCGCUGAUGGCGACCGAGGGACGCGGCGAGCUCGUCAAAGCCGAGACCUCCGCCAAGGACGCCUGGCCGCCGCAAAGAGACCACCAGCAGCUCACUGCCGGUCAGCCGCUUCUUCAACAGCCCAAUGAUGCCAACCAGAACAGGGAUGGCCCGAGGAUGGAGCUGCUGGAGGUGUGAUGAAGUCGCUGGGAACAGGCGCACAGGGCCGGUUUGCUCCCAAAACGAGUGUUUGUCAUGACAGCAAAUGUGAUUGUAGCUGGACCGUGAGACUCUGACUGUAACUGUGAAUACCCCCCCCCCACCCCCGCCCCCUCUCCUCUCCCUCUCCCUCUUCCAUCUGCCAUCACUUCCUCCCGUGUCAGAAGCAAGAACUUCUCACCUUCUUCAGUCCUGUGACGUUUCAGCCUUUCAUGCUUCUUUGUGGUCGUGUGGGGAGGGUGCACAACGAGGAGAGUAUGAGGGCUCAAAGGAAAGAACCAGAAGACGCACAAUGACUGGGAAACUGACUUGAAUGAACAAAACGCGGAUGGGCCGAGGCCGGGAAAUCAUCUUUUGGGGGUCAGCGCGAGAAAUCUCGAUACAGCAUAUGAUCGAAACUGCACUAUAAAAGAGGGGUCGUACUGACUGAACGGACAAACGAUGUGUCAAAGAAACGUUAUUGUUGGCUUUUGUGAUAUUUUUUACUUUUUUUUUUUAGCAACCAGUACUUCAGCACUGCCUUGACUUUUACUUUUUUUGCUUUUCUUUCCAGUUCUAUUUACUUUUCUAGUCACUGUAAGUCCAGAUGCAAUCAAACAUGUUUUAUUUAGACCUGUAUCGAUGUUUGUGAUCACUUUGUGGUUCAGCUACACGCAAGAGACUAUAACAAUGCACUAAUGAAGACAGCAAUGCUCAAAAUCCCACUGCCCCACUGCAAAGGUAUUGACAGCUUUGUCCCGAUCAAUGACCUACAAAGCCCUGCAAGCUGAAGAGAGACAAGCCUGUCACGCUAACGUUGCCUUACUCAGCUCUGUCCGUGUGUUAAUGGAAUGUUUGUCCGUCAACUCGCUUUCCAGCUACCGCGCUUUCUGUAAAGUUAAAGAGGGGGCCGGGGAGCAGUGCAUCAAGGAUCGCUGUUGCUCUCUAUCUGUGAAAAAAAAAACGAAAAAAAAAAAACCUCGUGUGCUGCUUUAUGUGCACUUCGGAAAUGUUUUAAUAUGAGCUGUAACUGUAAUAUUGUAUCGAACAUUGUGACUGGCCAAAUGCUGAAAGCUAAAUUACCGAUUGGAUCCUUUGACACUGACAGAGUGAGAUCUCGAGCUAGCUACAGAGCCAAGUGGGGAGAAAUUCUCCUGAAUUUUCUUGUUUCCUGAAACAUACAGUCACUACAUGGAUAUCCUAAGCUGCAUUCUUGUCAAGCUGCUAAUAGCUCAGAACGGUGCUAUACCAUCCAAAGUGAAAUUGGAGUUUCAUCUCCUACCAGCAGUGUAUGCACUUCUGUCGAAUGUUAAAAAAAAAUAUUUUGGUUUGAGAUAAAUGGAAUCUGGACUUACGGUGUAAUGAUCGCUUACAAAAAAAAAAACUUUUAUGAAAUAGCUUGAUCAUAAAGCACUGUUGUAUCAUCCUUUCUACACUUUCUCUGAAUCUUUACAGAAUAAACCGAAUACUCACCAA